GUAACUGGGCCACCAUGCUGUACAGUAGAAAACUGACAGAACACUGUAAACCAGCUAUAAUGAAAAAAAAUCAUUAUAUAAAAUAAAGAAGUGAAGAGAAAGGGACUAUGUGUGGUGAGUAUGGACCACUCUUUCAAGUUUGAAAGUAAAGAGAUGAAAGAAAAAAUGAGUGUCUUUAGGGGAAAGUAGAUGUGAGGAAGUCAUCUUUUAGGACAAGGAAUACUGAGCAAUUUUACAGGCUUAGAGAAGGAAGGUGGUGGAGAAGAAGGAAUUAAAGCUAGGAAGAAUAAGAAGAUAGGAGUUGAACACUGACCACUAUGAAGAAGAGAGUAAGAAGGUCUUUGUCCCUUUUCGUAUAUUAUAUAUUCUUCAUUAACAUUUGCUUUAAUAAAUUCAGAUCUACAAUUUAUCACUUAUUGAAGCAUUGAAUAAAUAAUAGGAAAAAAGUUUUGGAAAUAUUCACAUGCAAUCUUUAACCUUUAUUUUGAUGUCUCUAAUUAGGAAAAAAAAACUGUAGUUGAGGCUAAUUUGUACAAUUAACUAAAUCAUGUGUUCCUUUUCCCUUUCAAAACUUCCUUUUAUAUAUUCCAUUCCUAAUGAGUAUAAAGAAUCCUUUUAAUUCAACCCAUACGCAACUAGCAUCUUUCAAUUAAAACUCUUUCAUAAACUCUUAUUUUAAAAUGAAUAUUGGGUGCUUCCUUUUUUAGGUCUCUGUCCCAUCAGAUUUUGUUGUUUUGUUGUUAUAUAAAAUUUUCUUAUAUAAUAUAUUCUAUAUCUGUGGCUAUAUGUUGUUCCUCUAUCCAGUUUCCAAGUUUUAUUGUUUAUUUAAUUCAAGUGAAUAAAUCUACCUUUCUGUUCUACUUUUGCAGAAACAGAUAGGGUUAGGGAGAGAUGGUGGAACUUUUACAGAGAAGAAAAUUUACCAAUUAGGCUUAAUGUUCCUAAGACAACAACACCUCUGAUUCAGUGGUAUUAAAAAAAUUUGUCAGCACUAAGAAAUAACUGGAUAGUUCUCUUUCCAGUUACUUAGAAAGUGUUCAUAAUGGUUUGGGGAUGAUGGCAGACACUGUGUUUGGAGUUUCAGAGAUUGGACAUGUAUCCUGAGCUGAAAGCACCUCACAGGGAGCGAGGCAUUCUCAGCAAAUGAUGACUACUUCCUUUCUCUCUUUCCUCAUUUCUCCCACCUUGAGGUCCUCACCAUCUUAGCUCCACUGCACUGAUGCUGUCACUCAGCUGCACAUAGGUAAUCAGUGGACAAAAUCGGCUCUCAGCAGGCAGUGGGCAAAGGAUGAGGUGGAGAGGGGCCUAACCUUACUGUACUGCCUCAGUGGAAAUCCUCAGCUCCAGCAUCUGUCAGGGGAGGUGGGAGGAGCACAGGAAGUGAUUACCCUCUGGCUUCUCCUCCCACAGAAGCCCUGCCUCCUCUGCUUGGACAGUGGGGAGAAAAGUAAAGAAAAAGGAUAUGGAAAACUAAGCAGUGAUGAAGACCUGGAAAUAAUUGUUGAUCAAAAGCAGGGAAAAGGCUCUAGGGCGGCAGAUAAGGCUGUUGCCAUGGUGAUGAAGGAGAUACCGAGGGAGGAGUCUGCUGAAGAAAAGCCCCUCCUUACUAUGACAUCACAGCUGGUGAAUGAACAGCAAGAAAGCAGACCCCUCCUGAGUCCCUCCAUCGAUGACUUUCUCUGUGAAACCAAAUCGGAGGCAAUAGCAAGGCCAGUAACAUCCAACACAGCCGUAUUGACCACAGGCUUAGAUCUCCUUGACCUGAGUGAACCAGUAUCUCAAACCCAAACCAAAGCCAAAAAGUUGGAGGCCUCGUCGAAAACUUCAUCCCUCAAGAAAAAGGCUGAUGGAUCUGACCUCAUCAGCGCAGACGCUGAGCAGAGAAGCCAGGCUCUCCGAGGCUCAGAGACGGCAUCCUUAGACUUAGCAGACAUUCAAACACAAUUGGAAAAAUGGGAUGAUGUUAAGUUUCAUGGAGAUCGAAAUAGCAAGGGGCACCCCAUGGCAGAGAGAAAAUCAUGCUCAUCUAGAACGGGAUCAAAAGAACUUUUAUGGUCCUCAGAGCACAGAUCUCAGCCAGAACUGAGUGGUGGGAAAAGCGCCCUGAACUCUGAGUCAGCUUCGGAGCUAGAAUUAGUGCCUCCAACACAGGCUCGACUGACCAAAGAACAGCGCUGGGGAAGUGCGUUGCUUUCCAGAAACCACUCCUUGGAAGAGGAAUUUGAAAGGGCAAAAGCAGCAGUGGAGUCAGAUACAGAGUUUUGGGACAAGAUGCAAGCAGAAUGGGAAGAAAUGGCCCGGAGGAACUGGAUAUCAGAGAACCAAGAAGCCCAGAACCAGGUUACAAUCUCAGCUAGCGAGAAGGGAUAUUACUUUCACACUGAAAAUCCCUUCAAGGACUGGCCUGGAGCAUUUGAAGAAGGCUUGAAAAGGCUGAAAGAAGGGGACCUGCCAGUCACCAUCCUCUUCAUGGAGGCAGCAAUUCUUCAGGACCCCGCAGAUGCAGAGGCAUGGCAGUUCCUUGGGAUAACCCAGGCAGAGAAUGAGAAUGAACAAGCAGCUAUUGUCGCCCUCCAGAGGUGCUUAGAAUUGCAGCCCAACAACUUAAAAGCUUUGAUGGCCUUGGCUGUGAGUUACACUAACACUGGCCAUCAGCAGGAUGCCUGUGAAGCCUUAAAGAACUGGAUUAAGCAAAAUCCCAAGUAUAAAUACCUUGUGAAGAGCAAGAAGAGUUCUCCAGGCCUCACCCGGCGAAUGUCUAAGUCUCCAGUUGAUAGCUCUGUUCUGGAAGGAGUGAAGGAAUUAUAUCUGGAAGCCGCCCACCAAAAUGGAGAUAUGAUCGACCCAGAUCUCCAGACAGGCCUGGGGGUGCUGUUCCACCUGAGCGGAGAAUUUAAUAGAGCAAUAGAUGCAUUUAAUGCUGCCUUAACUGUUCGGCCAGAGGACUAUUCAUUAUGGAACCGUCUCGGGGCAACCCUGGCAAACGGAGACCGCAGUGAGGAAGCUGUGGAAGCCUACACACGAGCACUGGAGAUUCAGCCUGGCUUCAUCCGGUCCAGAUACAACCUAGGGAUAAGCUGCAUCAACCUGGGCGCCUACAGAGAGGCGGUCAGCAAUUUUCUCACAGCCCUCAGUUUGCAAAGAAAGAGCAGGAAUCAACAACAAGUUCCUCAUCCUGCAAUCUCUGGGAAUAUCUGGGCUGCCCUCAGAAUCGCCCUUUCUCUGAUGGACCAACCGGAACUCUUCCAGGCAGCUAAUCUUGGUGACCUGGAUGUCCUCCUAAGAGCUUUCAACUUGGAUCCUUGAAGGAAAAGAAAAGAUUAAAAAAUAAUAAUCCCUCAUCUGUGUAAUUGUACUGAGAAAUGCAAAACUAUUUCAUUAUGAAUUCCAAAAAGGAUAAAACGGAUGUUCAAAAGGCCAUGGUGAUAUAACCCAAGGGAAUUCCUACAGACAAUGCCCAGUCUCUGUUCAGAUCCAAAAGCACAAAAUGUUGUAUUUAGAGUCAAGGUCGGGCUCGAAAGAAUUGAGAGACACAAGACAAACCAAGAUAAAGUACCUGUGUGUGAACGCUCUUCCCAGGCUGCAAGCAUAUUGCAAGUCUGUUCUUUGGGGGUUUUGUCCCCACUAAUGACAUAUCUAAGGAAUUUGCUUAUGGGACACCUGGAGAAAGCACUGCCUCAGAUCAGGGAAUUCUGACCAUUUCUGAACUGUCCCCUGAAAUUCCUUCUUUUACCAGAUUGAACAUAAUGUGGGCCAAGGUGCAUGCACAUAUAUUAACUCCUGACUGAAGAGAAGCAUUGCUUAAACCUGUUCCAAUUUUAACUUUUACUGUAGCCUUUGAUUCCAGAGAGGGAGCUUUGCUGGCAAAAGCAGUUUUUGCACUAGGAAUUUUUGCUGUUCCCAAUCAAAACUUUUCUGGGACUGUAUAUAUAUAUGCACUUUAAUAUCUUAUUUAUGCCUUGCUGGAGUUUUGUUUUGUUGCUCCAAUUUUUAACUUGGGGGUGAAAGAUUUGAGAACUCUGCUUUGUUAGAUCAACGGACCAAAUAAAAACUCCUGAAAAUAGUUUUUCAUAGUGUAGGGUUUUGAAGGAGUGUUUUUCUUAAAGCAGAUAUGGUAUAGGGUGCAAAUAUGUCAAACACAGAUCUUCUUAUUCACAUGCUUUUCUGGGACUGUAUGAACGUAAACAAGAGAUAAGGUCGCAUCUCUUCACAAAUUCUCUGCAGGGAGAAAGUUUGAUGAUAUUGUGACUUGUAUUGAGUUAAUAUUAGCUUGUUUAAAUAUCAUAUUUUCCCUUGCUUUCUUAACUGCCCUGCAUAUCAACAUUCCUUUUAAACUCUUAAUAUUUUAAAUAGUAUUUCUUAAGAAUGAUAAAUAACAUCUUCUAAAGAUUAUGUGUUUUCUUAGUUCCAUCAUCAUCUGCACUGCUCACCCUUUUGCAUUCUAAGUGAUAGAAUAUCAAUAUUUUCUGGCUAAUGUCAGCGGUUUAAUAUGAAAGAUGCAUGCCUGCCUCUCACUUUGAACAUUUUCAAGUAUCAGGAAUUUUCUGCUGGCAGUGGUAUCUUAUUGAAUCAGUUACAUUCCACUCAGUUCUUCAGUGUUUUGUGCCUGUUGGGAGUUUGGUGAUUAUUUGGAAAGACAUCAUUUUUUAAAGAAUUAGACAAAUUGUUUGCAAGAUGCUAACCCAAAUAUAAUUUCCCUGAUGUCCAGUUCCAGUAAUUUGUCCUGCUAAGUUGUCUUGUUCUUCAUUGUGUCUCCUUCCUCCCUCCAGAAUCUUCCCCAAAGCACUUUUUUGAUCCCAACUUUUUCUUCAUGUCAUUUAGUCAGUAAGGGCUGGUUACACUCAUGAUUAUAGGUACCAUGCAAAACAGCAUUUGGGUCAAGAGUUUAAUUGACUGAGGAGUUGGCUUCUACUGGGGAGGGGAGAGGAAAUGUACACACAUGCUGAGACAGGUGGAAAUCCUCUAGAUACAGGUAGAAAUCCACUCUUCUGUUAUGUUGGAAGUCUCCAGGGUAGGAAGGGGCACCAAGAACAUAUGAAAUCACAAGUCCUUGAGGCUUCCAUACAUCAUAACCUAUUGUAGUUCAAAAAGACAAAGAGCUGAGGGCACUGUGGUGGUACCAGGCUUUUCUCUUCAUGUCAGAGCGCACUUUGGGCCAGGUGAUGCCUCCAGCUGGCCAGCAGAAGCAGGAGCAUUAAGGCAUUCACUGUUGGGCAGGAGUCACAACCCAGUCAUGGCCUGCCUGCUGCUUCCCUGCAGUCUGAGAAGCAAAGUAAGGCUCAACAGUACUUUCUAAAGAAUAGGUGGUAUUCGUUAGCAGUUUAGAAUCCUGAAGCCUCCAAACCAUGGGGCAGCCUCCAAACCAUGACAGCUGCCUGCUUGAGUAUCCCUGACAUAAUAGCAUCCAUUCUCUGUGUUUUCCUCCUCCCAGUCCCUGUGCAGUUCCUGGCUGGCCAGCUGACAGCAUAACCCAUCACAAGCCAACAUUACAGGUGUUCUGUUUAUGAUGUCAUUCUGGACUUUGAACAGCCACUGAAUUUGCAAUAGCCUUCUUUCUUAGCCUUGCUGCCCUGCCUACAUGAGAUCAGUAACAAAUUUAAAGCCUGACAGUAGGGUAAAUGCAGGAUAUUUUGAUUUAAUUUGGUGAUUGCUAAGUGGUGGCAGAUUUUGCAGCCCAAUUUUUAUUUUGCUUUUGGAAUACAAAGUAACUUCAAACUUCAAAGUGUUGUGUUAGAGAGUAGACAAUGUUCCAUUCCCAUCAUAAUUUGGAAACUUGCUGGUCAUUCAGUACGAUUUUCUCUAAUACAACUGUCCAUCAGAACCACGAUUUUCAUAGGCUGUUACAUGUCAAGAAGUUCAGAAUUAUUGCCCAAGAAAAUUUUCAAUAAUACUUAACAAAAUUAAGUAAAAACGGUUACUAAAAAUUGAGCGAAAGUUUAUAAAAGUCAGAGCACCACUGAAAAUUAAGUAGCAAGAUUUUAGAAUGUAUACAUCUUUAAGCAUGGCUCAAUUUUUAAAUUUUUAUUGAAGUAUAGUUGAUUUAUAAUAUUGCAUUAAUUUCUUCUGUAAGCAAAGUGACUCAAUUAUACAUAUAUAUAUUAUUUUUCAUAUUCUCUUCCAUUACAGUUUAUCAUAGGAUAGUAAAUAUAGUUCCCUGUGCUUUACAGUAGGUUCUUAUUGUUUGUCCAUCCUAUAUAUAAUAGUUUGCAUCUGCUAAUCCCAAACUCAAUCCUUCUCUCUCUGGCAUACCCCAUGCUGGCAACUGCAAGUCUGUUCUCUAUAUCCACGAGUCUGUUUUUGUUUUGUAGAUAUGCUGAUUUGUGUCUUAUCUUAAAUUGCACAUGUAUUUGUCUUUCUCUGUCAGACUUUAUUUAGUAUGAUAAUCUCUACGUCCACCCAUGUUGCUGCAAAUGGCAUUGUUCAUGCUUUUUAUGGCUGUGUAGUAUUCCAUUAUAUAUAUGUAUCUUCUUUAUCCAUUCAUCUGUUGCUAGACAUUUAUUUAUAUGCCAUGGCUAAUUGUAAGUAGUGUUGCUGUGAAAAUAGGGGUGCCUGUAUCUUUUCAACUUAAGUUUUUUCUCGGUAUAUGCCCAGGAAUGGAUUGCUGGAUCAAAUGGUAGUUCUAUUUUUAGUUUUUUUGAGGAACUUCUAUACAGUUUUCCAAGGUGGCUGUACCAAUUUACAUUCCUGCCAACAGUGUAAGAGGGUUGCCUUUUCUCCAGACCCUCUCCAGCAUUUAUUACGUGCAGAUUUUGAUGAUGGACAUUCUGACCAGUGUGAAGUGAUACCUCAUUAUAGUUUUGAUUUGUAUUUCUCUAAUAAUUAGCAAUGAUAAGCGUCUUUUCAUGUGCUUACUGGCUUAUCUGCAUAUCUCUGUUGGAGAAAUGUCUGUUUCAGUCUUCUACCCAUUUUUCGAUGGAGUUUUUAGUUUGUUUUUGUCAUUGAGUUGUAUGAGCUCUUUGUAUAUUUUAGAAAUUAAACCCUUGUCAGUCACAUCAUUUGCAAAUAUUUUCUCCCAGUCUGCAGGGGGCCUUUUCAUUUUGUUGAUGGUUUCCUUUGCUGCUGUGCAAAAGCUUGUAAGUCUGAUUAGGUCUCAUUUGUUUAUUUUUGCUUUUAUUUCUAUUGCCUUGAGAUACUUACCUUAAGAAAACAUUGGAGUGAUUUAUGUCAGAGAAUGUUAAUGGCUAUGUUUUCUUCCAGGAAUUUUAUAGUGUCAUGUCUUAUAUUUAAGUCUUUAAGCCAUUUUGAGUUUAUUUUUGCAUAUGGUGUGAGGGAGUGUUGUAACUUCAUGGAUUUACACACAGCUUUAAGUAUAACACAUUUUUUCAGGCGGAACUGUUUUUGGCAUCUUAGCCUCCUGGUGUGAAAUGUCUUUUAAAUUACCCUUUCCAUUUGAAAGGGUAGGGUGUCUUUGGUUACUUUCUGGGGCAUUCUGGGAAGGCUUUGAGUAUCUUUUUUUUCCCUGUAUUCCUGAGUAAAAGCCUAAGAUAUCUGACAGGAUGGUACUAUUUUCUUAGAGUGACCAAUUUCAUAAAUGUUGACUUUCGAGGACCAAUUUCACUAGUAUAUGGGAUGAAAAUGCAGAGGCAGUCAGUGAUUGAUGCUGAAUUUCACAGUAUGUUUUAACUAUGUCUAGUGGGCUACUUCUAUGUGCUUCUGUACCUUCAUGGCGAGGUGGAGGUGGAGAGAUGGGGCAAAGGAGAAGUAAGGCAUCCACGUACUGGGUCAAUCAUGUUGGGUUAUCAUUCCCUCUGCUUUCUCCCAAGCUCACUCUUCAUAAUUCCUUGAAAAAAGGGCAGAUCUUGUCCACCAGGAGACUUUAAUAGAAAACUAUGAGCUGUGCUUUCUGUGUCAAUCUGCGUUUCAACUAGAAUGGCAUGUUCAUCACAUUUAACUGGGUUGGAAUGGCCAGGACCCACUCAUUUUCAGAGUUUAAUGCCAUUUUCUUCAUUCUCUUCUUUAAAGAGAACUAUAUGUUAUUCUUGGGUCUAUGUCUGGAUAUUAAUAUUAGAUAAAUCUUUCUCGUAUAUUUGUGCUAUACAUGCAAGACUCGAACACAACUAUAGCUAGUCCCACUUACAACAGGAGCUCCAAACCCCAUACCAUAAACUUUAUGAGCUCCUUGGGAGUAGAGAGAAAGCAAGAUGGUCACUUUGUGUCCCUUCCUCAUUUGUUCCUGAAUCAGUUCCACCAAGCUGCACUAUACUUUUAGUUGUUGUUGUUAUUGUUGUUGUUUCAUUGCUUGAAAUGCUUCUAAAAGCAUUGUAGAAACAGGGUAUUCCGAAGGCUUAAUUCGUGUGCCAUCUUUUUGAGGUCUCCUGUUUUAGAAAUUAUUAAUCACGCAUAUGCAUGAUUUCUACUUUGUAUAAUAAUUUCAAAAUUAUUCCCUCUCCAGGUUUUACUACACAGUUUCCUUAUUUCAGUAUUUAUAGAACUGGUUGAAAUUAAUCUGUUUUGAACUAUGAAGUAGACAGGUCUAUAUAUUUUUAAAGAGUGUUUGUAGAUAAACUCUGGCAUACGGUUUGUAAAAAGGCAGUUUUUAAAAAGUAAAACCUAUAACCUCAGGUACCAAAAUCAUGCAUGCAUUAGUACUUGCAAAUCUGCCUACUCAAAUAUUAACCAAAGCAUGCAAGAUAACUUUAAUGAAUGUAAAUUUACCCAGUGCAUGAUUAAGUCUCAUAGGUUAGCUGAUUUUUCCUUGCUUCUGAACAAGGAAGCAUUUUCAUGAACUUUGUGUUCCAGUUUUUCUAUUUGCUUUUAAUAUCCCAUCCCUGAGAUCGUUUUCAUGCUCUCACACUGAACUUUACAGAGACUCACAUAUCUGGUUUAUGCAGUGUUGCAGCCAAUGCCAAACUAAUCCCCUGAGGGAUCCAGAUAUUUAUACAUCCAAACAAUUUUUAAAGCCCAGAUGAGGCACAACAGAUGCAAAACAGAAACAAAAUCCCUGUAUCUGAAUGCUACUAAACAAAAACCAUGUUGAUCGCCUCAGCAUAGUUUUGGGUUCUAAAUUCUGAAUAGCAUAUUUCAAGUCUUUUUCUGAAUUAGAAAUACCUUCUAAGUAAGGUGGGGAGGUCAGGGUAACAUCAGGUACAUGAUAACCAUCAUAAAACAAAGUGGACAUGGGGCCUUAAUUUCCACAAAUGUCAUAUAGUGUGUGGGGUGUCUGUCCCACCAUUGUCCUCAACAUGGCCCUAUUUGUAUGGUAAGUGGGCUACUUGGGCCCACAUCCCUUGAGAAACUGGACUUAGUAUUUCUAAAAACACUAAAAUUCAGAGUUGAGGUAAUCUGAUGAUCACUCAGCUCCAGCUCUAAAGUCCUGUCACUGCCUUUUUCUGUGGCCCCUGCUUUAUGAAAAAAUAAGACAAGGAGACCAGAAAUGGAGCAAAGCUAAGACAGUGGGAGCAUCUUAUGUUAGUGACAGCUUCAUCACCAAAUCAUACCCCCCUUGUAACCUCCCAACACAUGAGCUCCAAGAUAGAAUUCCCCAAACACACAGUCAAGACUGUUGUGUGCAAGCACUGAACAGUUGAGGAGAAAAAAAAAAAAAAAAACACCACCACAGAAAACUAAAGUGUGAGAUUUAACAAACUCUCAUGUGGUAUUUUGCCUUGAAUAAAGUUUCUACUACCUACACCCUCUGCAGAAAUGCCAAAAUAAUACACUCUGGAAACAAGUGCCCCACUCUCAAAACUGUUUUUCUCAGGACUUCUCUCCAAGAGAGAACUCUCUUGUCAUGCUAUAGAGUGUCACCGCAAAAUCCUGACAGGCCACUGGGUCACUUUUAGAAACCUGCACUCAAAAUAAGAUGUAAAAAGGAAUUGAGGUAGUUCUUUGCUCACAGAUAAGAUGUGUGGGGUUUUAUGCUUUGAAUUUUUGGAAAGGGAAGCUCUAUGACACACAAAGGACUCAAUGAGGAUAGACACACUCAAUGAGGUAGUUUGUCAUUUCCACUGAGAUAAAAAAAUACCAUAAAAGAUUGUGCCACAUGAGACACAUGUUUGUGACUGAAUGUUACCAGUGGAUAAAAGAAAUAUAGUGAAACUAAUUUUUACCAUUUCCAAUAUGCCCUACAUCAUCUAACCCAAACCCUCUUCAAUUUUCAUUGCCCAAAUUUGUUUACAUCUGUUGAAGAAAAAAUCCUGAUUAAUUUAGUAAACUUUUUACUAAGUAUAACAAGCAUUUAUUAACUAUUUAGAAAAGAUAUUUCUAUAUAUUUUGUAUAUCUAUGGAUAUUGCAUAUCUAAUCUAAAAUAUCCUUUAAGACAAAUUCUUCUGUGAUGCUUCCUUAUUAUGCUUAAUAAUGUUUAAAAUCCUGGGAUUUCAUUUAUAAGCUUGAAUAGAUAACAGAAAAAAUUUAACCUUAAAUAUUUACAUUGAGUUUUUAAAUUAAAACCAACCCAAAUUAAAUGACCUAUAUAGUAAAUUAAUGGCAGUGGGGGCGGGGGCUUAAAAGUUAUUGGCAUACUACAUGAUAUCUGUGUAUGUAGUGAAAUAUUAUGUCAUAGCACAACUGUUGGGUAUUAAGGCUUCAUCUUAGUAUUUCCCUUCAGUGUUCUUUGAAAUAAAAUUACUACCAUAAAAAUAAUCUAUCAUAUUGAUGUGUUUAAUUUACUCCUUUGGCUUAUAAUUUGCAAAGUACCGAGAUUAAGGUAGUAUUUUUGUACAAUUGUUGGAAGCAUGCCUUCCCUUUUUCACACUAUUCAAUUGUAUUUAUAUUUGUGCAAUUUUAAACUAUGUUUUCAAAUAAACUUUGUCUGUGGCUUCAAGGUAUUUCCAAAAAUCUUUCAAAGUGGGAUUAUGGGGGGCCAGAAUUGCUUCAAAUCAAACUGGGUUCUAUUGUACUACUGGUUAAAAAGUCAUUUUAUUGAAUAUCACUACACAUGAUUUUGCAUGAGUUAUCUGGAAGUCAGGAAUGCAUUUUUCCAUACAAAACAAAGCUUUAAAAUCUUCCUCCUUUGUUUAAAGACUAAAAUAUUAUUUAUCCUGAAAUUGGAUUUUGGUGAUUUUCUUUUUAGAAUAAAAGGAUUAAAAUAUA